AUGUGCUUAUGUUCUGCUCACAGCUCGUUUCAUCUUACUCCGGGGGUUAUUUCUCGUUACUUUAUACUCGUUUUUUCACUUGACCCAUUCACUGUUUCUUUUCUUCUUGCUAGCACCGCAUCUGAAGUGGAACAGCCUCGGGGUGCUCAGCAUCGUAUGAGCGCCGCUCAUUUGGAUUCUGCCGCGACGGAAUCAGUUCGGGCUACCUUGGUAAAUCAGCCAACGACCCCAUCUAUUAAUGGAGUGGAGUCACUCACAGCCGACCCCUUUAGUGCGCGCUCGGCAAGCUUGCUGUCGGUCUCACCUGAUCAGCUCCCUGAACGGGAAUCGGACGUACGCUUGUCACCCAAUAUUCGGCACGAGUUAUCCUAUCCGAGCCACAUACCGGAACCUGUGCUCAGCCCUACAAAUAAAACGGAUGCGGACCAAUGGCAUUUAGGAACCACGCAGUUGCUCUCAGAGCUCGAAAAGUCGGUGACCUCUCGGCAGCUGGCCGACAACGAGAUAUCGCGCCGUGAGGAAAUUGGCGUUCCCGAACUGUCACGUGAAAUACACAAAUCAUGUCGGCCUCUGCAUAGAACUCGGUCCAGGUUGCAACACUAUGCCUCCGAAAUGGACCGCCUUUGUUGCGUGGUGCUGCAGCGUCUCGAUGGUGCUCGCGAAGACUGCGAGUCAUCCAAAGUUGUUGAUGGAGUUGAUAUCAUUAUUGAUGAAGCUACUGACCGCCUGCAUCGCAUCUUACGUCGUUUGCAUGCUUUUCUCGUUGCCAACGGAGUUUCCGACGAUGGAUUCGCUAAAACACUCAUGGCGGAUUUGCGAAAAGUCAUCACCAGCCUCUCUCAGCUCCCUCGUCGUGCUUUAACCCACACAUGUGAGCCUCCUCUGGAUAACAAGGAGAAUGUGCCACCAUCUGAAAUAGAUAAUCGCACUGCAGAUCUUUUUUCUCAUUCAACUACAAUUCAUGAGGCCGGUUUAGUCCAACGGGCAGAACACUGUCGACGCCGUUAUCACAAGUUAACUCGUGGCAUUGAUUCAUUCGCCAAUGAAUUGUCUCAGACUGCCGAUAUUUUGGCUGCCACAAGAAUGAAUCUUGAGCAAGCUGCAGGCUUCUCCGUAUCCUCGGAGCGGUCGGCACAACAAGACGGUCUACCUGGUCAAUUGUGA